CCGCAAACCGUUCGCCCCACUCACGUCCCAUCGCGCCGUCCCCUUUUCCCACUCCUUCCCCAUGGCCACCGCCCCCGCACCCGCCUCCCGUCCGGCCGCCACGCUCGGACGCCGCCGCCGCUACUGCUACUGCUAGAGGAGGAGGACCCGGAGGAGGGAGGGCUGUGGAGUUGGGGCAGCUCGCGGGUCGGGCUCGAGCUGGGGAUGGUGCUGGAUCUCAAUGCGGAGUCGCCGGGCGGGUCGGCCUCGGUCACCUGGAGCUCCGGCGGUGGAGGCGGGGGCGGGGGCUUCUUCCGGUUCGACCUGCUCGGCGGGAGCCCCGACGAGGAGGGGUGCUCGCCGCCCGCCGUGACGCGGCAGCUCUUCCCCUCGCCGUCGCCGUACCCGGAUGCUGCCGCUGCCGCUGCCGCUGCCUCCCCGGCGGCGUUGGACGGGUCGCCGCCGCCGCUGGAGGUGGUUGGCCCAUGGACGCGCUGCACGGCGGAUAUCGGUGCGGCGACGGCGGCGGCGCAGGGGGCUGUGGUGGCCACUCCCGCGGACGCGGCGGUAGCUCCCGCAGCCGCCGGAAAGAAGAGCCGGCGGGGGCCGAGGUCGCGCAGCUCGCAGUACAGGGGCGUGACCUUCUACAGGAGGACCGGCCGCUGGGAGUCGCACAUCUGGGACUGCGGGAAGCAAGUCUACCUGGGUGGAUUCGAUACAGCGCACGCUGCUGCAAGGGCCUAUGAUCGAGCUGCGAUCAAGUUCAGGGGCCUCGAUGCAGACAUCAACUUCCAUUUGAAGGACUAUGAGGAGGACUUGAAGCAGAUGAGGAAUUGGACCAAGGAGGAGUUUGUUCACAUACUCCGACGUCAAAGCACUGGGUUUGCAAGGGGGAGCUCAAAGUACCGUGGUGUGACACUGCACAAGUGCGGCCGUUGGGAAGCUCGGAUGGGUCAGCUUCUUGGAAAGAAGUACAUCUACCUUGGGUUGUUUGACAGUGAAGUCGAAGCUGCAAGAGCAUAUGACAGGGCAACCAUUCGCCUCAAUGGAAGGGAUUCUGUUACUAAUUUUGAUCCUACGUCUUAUGAUGGAGAUGUUCCACCUGAAAUUGAGAAAGAUGAGGUUGAUGAGGACAUCCUUGAUUUAAAUUUGAGGAUCUCACAACCUAACAUACAUGACUCGAAAAGUGAUGGCAUCCUGACUGGGUUCGGAUUAAGUUGUGAUUCUCCUGAAGCUUCAAAUUCUGUUGUUUCUCAGCCAAUAAGUCCACAAUGGCAUGUACAUCCCCAGAGCACAUCGAUUCCACCACAGCAUCCACAACAUUUGUAUGCAUCUACCUGUCCGGGCUUCUUUGUGAACCUCACGGAAGUACCAAUGGAGAAGCGACCGGAGUUGUAUCCCCAGUCGUUCCCCUCGUGGGCACGGCAAAUGCAGGGCUCCCCUGCGCCGUUACUCCCUACUGCAGCAUCAUCAGGAUUCUCUACUGCAGCAUCAUCAGGAUUCUCUACUGCCACCAACGUCCGCGUGCCGUCGUCCCGGCCCCGUCCCUUCUCCAUCGGCCACCAGCUCCAGUUCCCCCCAACCGCCUGACACGCCACCCCCCCCCCCCCUGCUCAACUGCAGACGACGCGCGUCUGGACCAGACUGGUCGGCAACAGUUGCCAUUGGUUGGGGUAGAGAGAGAUGGAGGCUCCACCACACAUCCACACCCACACCCACACGAUCUUUCUCUCUCUCUCCCCACCUGGUAAUUAUCAUCGGAACCACCACGCUUAUGAUUCUUUUAUCCUUAUUUUGAGGGCGGAUCCACGGAUCAUGAGCGUGUACCUCCAAAACUCUAUAAUAAAUAAUUUAUGAUAACUCUGGCUGAGCUUUCAGCCCUCCUUCUACCACAGAGUUCUCUUGAACAGCGAGCACUAAGUUGGGGAGGGCCCACUCACAGCAGUAUAGUGGAGCCAAUCAGGUACGGGGACUAUCAGCCAAUGCCUUUUCCUCGCUAUCCAGCAACUAUUCCUUUGCCUGACCUUCAUUGCUCACAGCAGAGAUAGACUGUGUGGCCACUGUUACUCUGCCGCAGCUUCCUAUUGUGUGCCAUGUGAAGUGGUGCGGUGUACUGUUGCCAUGCACGGCUGCCGCUUCCAAAGUGGGGGGUUGGCUUGGCCUCUUGGUCAUCUCUGCGUGCUUUGCGUUGGCUUUUGAUGUCAUUUUGGGACUGGUGCACCUACUGGUGGGGUGGAUGGUGAUACGACUGGGAACAGAUAUGUAGUCUCCCGCAGUCGUGCUGCUUUCUUGCUUUGUCUACAUCUAUCUAUGGCCAGCUCCAGCUGCUGCCUUUAAAAGCUACCCCAACUGCUGCCCAGGGGCCCUCUUGAAUGCCCAUCCUUUCUUUAUUGGUCCGUUGGCCUGCUGCUUCUUUUGCGUUGGUUGGUUCGUAUGAAUUGGAUGGGAACAUGGGGAGGGGCUGGGUACCAUGCUGCCCUGCCAAUUUCUGUGCUGUGGAUGGUAAAAGACAAAGUGUAUUGGGUUGUGUAGCGAAGUGGUGGUGCUCCAGAGUUCGGAGUUAAGACGCCUACGAGCCUAUGUGAUGCUUGCCUUCCCUCUGUUGUGACCUGUGAGUGUGAUGGUCCAUGUCUUGGCAUAUUUACUUGCCAUUUAGUCCAACCUUUAUGUUACGUAUCAUAACGGGUUAAACAUCCGCCCAGUAACCAAGCGGAGUCCGUUGCCAAGGUCCCAAGGAUGAGAUAUUAGAUUAUGAAGAUUAGAAUAUUAGAAGAGAUUGGAUUAAUUUUUAUUACAUAAUUCCCUUAAAGGCUGUAAUUGCUCUUUAUAUAGAGCUUCAGUCAAAACCUAAACGACUCCUAAAUAGACUUCAUUAUAAUCCAAUCCUAUUACAAUCUCUUACCAAAUCUAUCUUCUCCCAACCGAACUCAAUUCUGCUAACCUAUCCUAAAUCCAACUUGCCUGCUUCUCUUAAUCCCACCCUCCUAAAAUAUCUCUAUUGAUAUGACCUUCCAAACUAGCUCAAUACCCCAUGUAACAUUUCACUAUGUUGUUGGUCUGGGUAUUAGUCCUGAUCCGAUCUGGGCACUUUGUUGGGCAUAAAUAAACUUUACAAUGACAUCAACAAUGAAGCAUUUGUCUUUAACUGCUUGGAGUUGAUGGACAAGUUAUUAUCGGAUUAAUUUGAGACAUCAUAAAAGAAAAGGUUAAUUUGGGGUA